AUGGCUUUAAAAGCAUACUUGCUUAAUUUUAUCUAUAUUUCGGCGACUUUGGCUGCAAAUAUUCAUAAUGUGUUUCAAUCAUUGAGUAUUUCUAACCCGUCGACCCUAAAUAGACCACAAGAUAUUAGAACGGCUACAUUAUCAUGGAAGUUAGAGACAGGUUAUGCUUUUCCAAAUGAUGUGUUUUCUUUCAGUUUGCCGUAUGUUUUCAGGACGAAAUAUGGUGGUGGUGAUUUACCAUUAGUGGCAAACGGGAAAACUUUCGCAACUUGUACAGCAAAAGAUGGAUCCUACAUGGAUACAACAACCUUUUUGAACUGUACUGUUGGAUCAGUAAUUAAUAAUUAUGAGAAUAUAAUUGCAAGUGGUAAACUAUCUUUUGAUUUCGUUUUUAAUGCAGGGGGGUCAUCUUCUAGCUCUGAUUUAGAGUCAGCAAAACAUUGGCACUCUGGAACCAAUAAUGUUGAAUGGGGAAACUUAUCAACUACGGUCAGUUUUGAUGGCGGGCCUUUUUUCAAACCGAACGAUAAUGACAACAAUAAAUUGGUUUUUUAUUCUAGAUCAACUCCACAAAACUUUGAGCAGAUAUACGCAUUAUCGGGUACUUGUCGUAGUGGUAUUAGCUCAGGAACAAUUGGAAUCUCUACGAAUGAUACUUUCGACUGUUCAAAAUUUAAAGUGAUGUCUACUAAUAGUUUGAAUGAUUUUUAUUUGCCCAAAUCUGACGAAGAAGUAUCAUCUGCUGUAAUUUCUUGCUCUAGUGAUAACACCAAGCUUAUAGCCAAGUUCAAGGAUAUCGAAGAAGGCGAAAGGGUUUUUGUGGAGGGGUUUCAGGAAUAUGAAAAGUCGACAUACAGUGUAAAGCAUGAAUACUAUUACUCAAUUAAUUGUGCAGACGGCUCUGAAAUCACCGAUGCUAUUGGAAGGGUGAUUAAACUAGUCGAUGGGACAUACUCUUCUUCAGGAAGUGUAACAGAGAAAGCGAUGAGUUCUUCUGUUAUUCAACCACUGUCUCUGUCUUUACUUGAAACAUCUGUAUCAGGCGGUUCUUCCAAGAACACAGAUAUGUCAACUGUUACAGUACCAGGAACUACAGUGGUCACAGUACCUUGUCCUCAAUGUCUGGAAUCAUCAUCGACCAUAACGAUUAUAACAUCUUCUGCCGCAAUUAUUUCUUCGACAGCAGCCGAAUCCUCGCUUGCUACCACUUACUCUUCAGAACCUUAUGAAGUUCCCUCCACUUUCACUGAAUCUACGGAAAAGGCGAAGACCUCCAGAGAGUCAUCAGCAACUUCCAUCGAGAAAUCAUCCACCUUAUUAAGCACUUCUGUGACAGAGAGCGCAACUCAGGAUUCAUCUUCAUUUGCUAGUAGCUACAGUGAGGUCAACACAUCCCUGAAAUCAUCCUCGAUUGAAAGCAGCACAGUAUCUUCGGUUGAAUCAACAUCUUCAACAGCUAGUACUGAAAAAGAAGAAACAACAAGUACCUCGCUAACACCGUCUACAGAGUCUACCUCAGUGGUGCACGAAACUCAAACGCAAACGUCUUUAACAACAAUUUCUUGUAGUAGUACUGCGAAUGACUUUAGUAUUUCGCAGUCAACACCAUUACCUACAGAAACAACUACAAAGAUUUCAUCCUCACUUAUGGGAACAUCAAGUAUGCCGUCUUCAGUGAUACUACCAGAAGUGCUGAGUCUGGUUACGGAACUUUCAAAUAUUUCUAGCGACAGACAACCAGAGAGUUCACUGGAAACUCAUUACACAGAACAAUUGAGUACUGAUAUAUCAGAAUCCGGUACAGAAACUUUCUCGAUCGCUUCUCCAUCUUCGUCUCUAGCAGAAACAAGCGAAAACCCAACUAUCUCCAUUACGACGUCUGCUUGUUUGAGCUGCAAUACUAUUAUUUCUCCAAGCGAACCCUUGGUAGGCACCACCGGAUAUGUGAACGUCACAACAACUUCUACAGUCUACUUCAACAGCGAGCUGAUCAAUCCGUCGUCGCAUUCAUCUGAUUUUGCAGCUACUCUGUCCUACUUUGACACCAGUUCUGCGCCAUCUCUCCCAUCGGGUCUCGUAUCUUACCAAGGAAAUGCCGCUCGAGUAUCCUCUAGCUUUGUCUCUUCUCUUCUAUUAGUAACUUCUCUUCUCUUUCAUAUAUAA